AGUAAAAAUGGAUGGAUAUUGGAGCAGAUGAUAAUACAGUAUGAUGUGCAUACACACAAGAUUAAAUAAACAUAAUUAAUAAUAAGCACUUUAGACACUAAAUUGCUUCUCUUCAGUUGGCUUUAAUUAGGAAACAUUCUUAAUUCGUGGUUAUCCAGUUCUUUCAUAAAGCAAAAUGAUAAAACCGAAUAUUAACGAGAACGAACUCCGAAACUGCCGUGCUCACAUACAGACGUUCAAGCUGUUGUUUUUUUUUCUUUCUCCUGUCGUGUUAGCAAGCACAUCGGUUCCUUUCUGAAAACUAGGGCACCAGUUAGAAGUCUGUCCGAAGCUGCAAUGAACUCGAAUCCUGGAAGGAAUAAAGUCGUUAAGGUAGGGACGGGAAAAGACUUUAUAACUAAUAUGGCAAUACAGAUCAAUUUUAACUGGAUUAUAUAGAAUGUUUUUACGGGAAUUAAAAGGCAAUGAGCAAGGCUGGUGUCAAAACUCGUAUCUCAGAAACGUUUUGCUCUUUAUCCGAAUACAGCAGCGUCUCCUUUAAACGAGCUGACACUAUUUGCACAGGUGACAACGUUGACACUGCUUGAGAAACAAUUUGUUGGCGAGAUGCCGCUUUAAAAAUUGUCAACGGUGCUGAGCGAGAGAUGUCUACUGUUGCGGUUCCAGCGGCGCUCGGAAAUGCGUUCAACUCAUUGUAUCAUUUCAGACAUAUGAAUAUCUCAGUCAUCGCGAUAUUGGGAGUUGCCGACUUCUGUUGCUUCAAGGUUUUGAAGUUUGAAGUUAGGAGUGUUAGUUUUUUCAGCACACGUAGGUCCUAGUUGGGACCAGAAUACUAUUUCUACAGCACCAGGCAGACGGCGGUGAUGGACAGACUGCUGCUCACCAACAUCUGAUCGCCAGUCUAGAGCCGUAUUUACUCAGAACUCUGUGCUAGUUCUACAUAAGAAGCUUAUCUAAUCCCAGAUGUAGCUUUCAGCCUUUCAGCAAAGUCCAAAUGUGAGUGGACUGCCGAGAUCGAAAUCAGAAAGCACGCUCGGGAAAGGAGGGCUGCAAAGAAGCGUUUUGCCAAGUUACAGUUGCAGUGGUAUAGGGGUGUCAUAAAUCAAAAGCGAUCGCGGAGUUCGCCUGCGAAAGAAGUUUCACCAGCUACUUCUUCACGGUCCUAGAUAUUGGCACAGGUGGAGAAAGACUUGCCUUCUUCACUAGAUAUAAAUUGGUUUAAUGCUCGUGAUCACCGCGCUGCCGAGGACUGAUGGCGAAGAUCAGAGUGUCUUAUGAGUACUCGGAGGCGGAAGAUAAAAGCAUCAGACUCGGGCUCUUUCUGAUUAUCUGUGGCAUCGUGUCCCUCUUCAUUCUGGGGUUCUGCUGGCUGAAUCCCACCAUUCAGAAUAUGCAGUGCAAGGCGGCGAACUGCACCGUGAUCUCUGUGCAGCAGAACGGGGAAAUGUUCGAGUGCACUUUCACGUGCGGGACGGAUUGUAAAGGCACCUCGCUGUACCCCUGUCUCCAGAUCUUCGUGAAUAACUCAGAGUCCAACUCCACCGCUUUGCUGCAUUACGACGAACAGCAACUUGUAAUGAACCCAAAGUGUUCUUACAUUCCUCCAUGUGAAAGAGACAACAAGAAAAACUCUGAGGAAGUUCUAAUGUGGCAAAACCGCUGGACAGAACAGAUACGCUCUGAAUCCUUUCCCUGCUUCUUUAACCAACAGAGAAGGCCAGAUGAUGUGCUGUUAAAGCACUCCCAAGAUAAGAACGUCCUGCUGCACUGUGUCCUCUGGCCACUGGUCACUCUGCUGGUGGGAAUCCUGAUCGUGGUCCUGACUAUCUGCGCUAGGAGCCUGGCGGUGCGGGCGGAGGCCAUCCAGAAGCGGAAAUUCUCCUAGAGGGAGGAGGGCAGAGGGCAGAGGAAUGUGGGUGACAGCCGGCAGUCUCGGCCAGGGGGGCCACGCACCGCGCGGACUGACUGGACGGCAGAGGAGGAGCACUCUCGAAAACCCCGCACGUAGAUCCAAGAUCCUAAAGGAUCGUUCUGUAAGGCCCAUUCCUGCGUGGCAGAAGGACGUCACGGCAGGGACAGGCCUCCCGCUGCACCGAUCGCUGUCUGUGGGACUUGCAGCUUCACUUAAUGGUUUUUAUUAUUUUGUAUUGUUUCAUGUGUCUCAACAUAAUGACAAAUUGUGCCGGUUUAAUAGAAGUGCACCAAGCGUGAGGAAGUCAUGUGAAAAAACUGAAGCUUAUUUUUUAAUGUUCUUUUAUGUAACAUUUACAUUAUGUAUAAAAACUGGCUUAGACUGUACACAAUAAUAAUAUAUGCUGCUGUGCUGUGUACGUUCCUCUCUUAUGUCUCUCUUGUCCUGCAUGUCUGAACAGAUUCUAGAUCUCCGUCAUGAGGGAUUACUGAGGUUCUGGUUAAGUGCACUUGUAGCCACUGUCAAACUUUUCCUGCUGAGGUCUGCCUCUCACAGACGUUGGCCCAUACAAACCAGCCCUCAGAAGAUGGCAUGUCUGUGUUGCACAGCUUCUGUUUGCUAUCGAAUUGCGUUUGGCCUCCUUCUGUCAACAGGUAGUUGUAAUUAAAAAGUGAAAUACUA